CGGUCCUCCGGUGGGAGAAACGGCAGACCCGGGCAGUGCAAGCCGGGUUGCCUGCCCGACGAUACGGUCGCUCCGGGUUAGGUCGCGGUGAACCAUCCCCCUUUUUUCGCUGCAAAACCAGCUCGGCAUAUCACCUCGUGCGGGAAGCGUCGCUUUCCCUCUUGCGCCCUCCGGGCGCCCGCGGCGCGCACAUCCCCUUCCGGCUUCGCGCGACAGCUCUCUCUCUCUCUUUUUCGCCAGGGGAGAACAGUGGACCCGGUGAGCGCGCUGCCCGCGCCGAAGACGUAUCGUGGGAGCACGUGCAUCCGUGCGAGAGGUAGCCGAAGAGCGCGCUCGAGGGGCAUCUCGCGCGCAUCUCUUCACACUCUUCUUCGGAAGCUCGCGCUGCCGACAAGUAACAGAGUCACGCGGCGAGGCGACGGCGAGAGCCUGCGGCUUUGGGGCUGAAGGACGACGGUCGCAGGAGAUGCUCUCGCGGCAGGAGGCCGAGCCACAUGGCUCCAGCUCUCGCCAAUCAAGACAUUGCGGCCUUGAAGACGUCACGGAAUCCUUGUGAGCCGAGGUGCUUGUGAGUCAGCGGGUACGGCUGGCAUACGGGGGUCUUUAUGCCGGCAGGAAGCAGGAAGUGACGAGAGGCGUGACAGAAGCCUAGAGAUCCUCCGUAGUGAAUAGACAGGCUCGAGACACAACCGUCAGGAUGUUGCGCAACAACAUGAUAACGUCCUUCGUGAAGAAGAUGGUAACGACACAACCGGAAGCCGGCGCAUCAGGCUCGGUUACGCCGGAGGAGGGCGGCAAGACUCUCAGCAAGUUUUGGCAGUUGGGUAACAUCAUAGCGACGGGAAACGUGACGAAGCCAGCCAAGGUCACUCCGAUGGAGGACACUCAGCCCAAGGAGGAGUCAUCCCCGCUUGAAACCCUGAAAUUAAAGUCAGAAACGGUCGGCAAGAUAAGCAGCGGGGACGACUGCAGAGUAUGCCGGAAGUCCUUCGCCCCUGAGGAAGUCUCGCGAACUUGUUGCGAGUGUCUACACAAGGUCUGCGAGGACUGCGCCUCGUAUUCAACGACAACGAAUUCCGACGAUCCGUCUUCCUGGCGAUGUAGCGUCUGCCGCCGAAAGAUCGCUUCGAGGGACCAGCCGAUCGUGACGCAGGAGUCCACGGAUUCGCUGCUGGACGUGCCGAUCCUCGAGGCUCUCCAAAGGAGGCACAGCGACGCGCGACUCGGCCCCACCGGGAGUCAAAUCGGCGCGCUCGGAAGCGGACUAGCGCCGCCGCGGAGUCCGGAAAUUCGCAGACAUUCGGACGUCUCGCCGGCCAGUCUCAAGGAGCUCGAGAAGUUUCGAAAGGUUGCAGGGGAGCGCCGCGAGGAGCUCAGAUGGGAACGCGACCUGGACCGGAAGAGCAAGUCGAGGGGUGGCUCGCCCGACCGUCAUCAGGCUGACAGAGGCAGAGCGACCAGUCCCCAAAGGAUGUGCAUCAUACCGGCGCAGGCGGGUGGGAUGGAGCAGGAGUGCGGCGACCUGGACGACGAGGAGGAACGUCGACGUCGCGCUCGUCGCGGUGGCGGCACGAUCCGCCGUAAAUCGCACAUGACCAGGCAGAGGUCCUACGACGACGAGAUCAAAACCGCGGCCGCGAUGACCGGCGGCGGCGUGCAGCCCGCGCAUCCCGACAUCGGCCUAGGUCUUCCGGUUCAGCUGCCGAGACGAGCGUCCGCUUACGACGUUUACGCCACGCCCGGGAGCAGCGGCCUCAACGCGAUGGCCAUCGCCGCCGCCCAGCAGAGAGCAUCGAUCUCGGCGCAAGGCGUCCGAGAGCCUGAAGAGCGGCACCAAGCGCGCAGGUCGUCCUUUCGCGCGGUGAAGCCCUACGAGAUCGUGGCGGAUGAAGAGAAAAUGAUUAAGCUGGACUCGUCACCCGUAGCCGUGGCACCAGCUGUGAUUCAACCUCUGGUACCUGACGAGGAGAGGCGCACUCGACGAAGAGGCUCCCAAUUGCCCGAUAUAAACGCGAUAAGGGCGUUGACAUCGGCACCAGGCGCGGCAAAGGGCGUCCCUCCUACGGCAGUUAGCAGAGUGGCGGUCGAGGAACGAGAACUACCUAGGCAGGGCAGUCUGGUCGAUGGGGAAGGUAUCAAGAUCGUCAUUCAUGACGUCGACAGUGAUAUUGCACCGCGGAUGAACGCGAAGAGAAGAGUGAAACUGAGGAGGGAUCCGGUCAUGGACAAAGGGCACAGAACGCGCGGCUUCGGCAUGAGAGUGGUGGGCGGUAAGACAGGAUCAGACGGCCGCACCUUCGCGUGUAUCGUUUGGACCGUACCGGGCGGCCCCGCCGAGAAGGCCGGCUUGCAGCAAGGCGACAAGGUGUUGGAAUGGUCCGGUAUGUCUUUGAUCGACCGGAGCUUCGAGGAGGUGCAGCAGAUAAUCGAGCGAACCGAUGACGUGGCCGAAUUAGUGGUGGAGCACGCGACCGAUAUCAUCGGGGAUCUGCUGGACGAUCCACAGUCCGGCAAAGCACCGACGAAUUUGGGCUUGCUGAUGGAAACCGAAACGGACAAAGCACCUUCGUCGCCGACGCGCAGGAAACUGCCAAAGACGCCGGAGCAAAUAGCGAAGGAGAGGCAGGUGAGCGGUCGCAUACAGAUCCAGGUUUCGUACGAGGCGGAACGCAAAGAAUUGGUCGUCUCGUUUUUUAUGGCCGACGACUUGUGCGCCCGGGAAGACACUGGAUUCGGCACCUUGCCGGAGGCUUUUGCCAAGCUCGUCCUUGUGCCACCCUGCGGCGAUCCAACUCCACUGAGGACCAUAGUGGCCGAGCCGACCCAGAAACCUAUCUGGAACGCUACAUUGUUCUUCACCGGAGUUCCCGGCGAAAGCCUGAUGGAACGUGCGAUCGAGGUGACUCUCUGGGAUUAUUGUCCUGAUGGCGAUAAUGUGUUCCUUGGUGAAUGCACCAUCAAUGUCCAGCGAGCGCUCGAAAAUGAGAGAGCGGUCUGGUAUCGUCUGGAAGAUCCGCGCGGACUUCGAAUGGGAAAAUCGCCGUACUGUUCACCGCGUGGCUCGCUGUCGAUGGACGUCGCGCAGAGGUUGCUGAGAAAAGAACUGCGCGAUCGUAGCUACAGCGACGACACGCAGAGCGACAGUGGCAGUCCAGAAUUUGGAUAUCUACACCCGGACCACGCUUGGCACGCCAACUCUAGACGCGGUUCCAGCCAGUCCGAGCAGCUCGAGGUCGAGCCGUACGAGCUCAACCGGGAUUACAGCAGAUCCCUGCCGGGUAGCCGCAGGAGCAGCUUCCAAAGUCAGGCCGGCACUGAUAGCAAACGUGGAAGUAUGGGCGAAGUCGAUGCGACCGCCGUAAUGUAUUACAAUCGCGAUCGACGACGGAGCUCGUUCACCAGGCCUAUGAGGGACCCGGAGGAGAUCCUGGAGGGUCUGCGGUCCCUUAAAGCAGUCAAGGGCGAGCUCAGCAGGACCAUGAGCCUCUCCAGCGACAAGAGACGCGGCAGCCAUUACAUCUUUAGCGGAUCUAAAGGGGACAACAGGCGGGGUGAGCGCAAAGACAGCGUCAUGGAGAUUCCAGAGAGAUUUUACGAUAGAAACAGCGAAUCCGACGAGGACGAAAAAUGGAGUCAGUCGGCGGGAAAUGAAAAUGGCGUCGACAUAAAACUGGGUUGCGGACAGGUGCCGCCUAAGGGCUACAAAAUGAUCAGUGGUGCGCAUAACGGCGAAGUGAAGUUAGGCUUCUUUCUCUGCAAGGGAACCCUCGAGGUCGAGGUUAUCUGCGCCAGAGGCAUUUGUCCCGGGGAGAAGGAGGAGCCAGACACCUACGUGAAGACGUAUUUGCGCGACGGCGAGAGAUGGCUGCAAAAACGCAAGACUCGCGUGAUACGACACUCGAAGAGCCCGCAGUACCGCCAAACGCUCAAGUACGGCAGUUGCGAUGCGCUGGGCAGGGACCUGCUGGUAAUGUUGUGGGAGAAGAAGCAAGGCUUCGAGAGCAAUCAGGGAUUAGGUGGCGCCGAGGUAAACCUCGACCUUCUGCCGCUCACGCAAAUGACCAUCGAUUGGUACCCGCUCUUCCCGAUCCACACCCUCGGCACGCAAAACGCGGACUCGCCAUGAUGGUUAAGGGAAAAGUGGGCCCUAGAGGCCGGCGAGCUCGACCUCAGACUGAGCCUGUUGCUCAAAGACGAGGGCGAGUCCGUCGUCAAGAUCAUCUCUUGAUGGAAAUGGUGGCUGAUCGUACGAGCACGCUCGCUGGCUCGACUCCGCCGGCACGAUCUCGAUCUCCUCGAGACACUGGCGUUUCUUUUUAUUAUCGCAAGUCUGUGAAUGAUGCGACGAAACGCGCGUUGUUCCACAAGGCGAGCGAAACUUGCGCCGUCGCGCGGUCGUGCCCUCGAUCUCUCCGUGUUCUCACGGCUUCUCAAUCGUAACUCGGGAGUUCUAUCUUCACGGUAGCGUGCGCGGAUUCAAUCGCGUGGAAAAGUUCCUUCCAUUCAGUUGAUCAGUAGCAAUGCGCUGUGCAUGUCGGUCUUAUUAUGUUAGUUCUACUUUCCAUAGCGGAAGAAAGAAUUGAAGAAGAGAUAUCUGAUCAUUAAACGUUUUAUUAUUAUUAUUUGUCGAUGUUUGCGCGAAAACAAAUAAUGGA